CACUGCCUCACCACUGUGAGUACUGCUGAGUACUCCUAAAGGCACUGACAAUGGCCCCUGCAAGCACUUUCACGCCGAAGGCGUCCCUGACAGACGCCCCUACCAACCUGAAGGAGGCCAUUGACUGGGUCCUGAGGGUAACUGGUAAGGAUGGUAAAGACAAUGGAGAAUGCAUAUGUGGCCUGGCGGCGGCAGUGACUGACCUACUGCAGUCAGUAGAGCUAGAAUACAAUGGUUAUCAAGGUGAUGUUAAGGAUGGCACUGACACCAGCAAAGGUGCCACUGAACAGCAAGUCAAAGGCCACCUCAAUGGACUAUUCUCUCUGGUACAGGGACUAGGUGGCACUGCAGUGGUCCGGACCUAUAUAGACCAGCUGGCACAGGUACUCAGUGCACUCGUUGGGUGGAGUAAGAUAGAUAAGUGUUGGGAGGGCAAGAAUGGCAAGUGCACGAAGGGUGGUAAGGUACAUCAUGGCCAAAAUGGCUCGUGCAAGUAUCUACUGGAUGUAAAGCCGAAUAUGCCGUGCACAGAAUGUAAAUGUAUGAAAUGGAAACAGCCCGAUCCGAUCAAUGAAGGAGUUCAACUGGGCAGAAGAUGUACAAGGUGUAAGGAUAGUGGUAGUAGUAGUGAUUGUAAGUGUAGUACUGGUGGCUGUGCUGCUGGCCAGGAGUGUAAAUGCGCUAAAGAAGGCAAGUGCUGCAAGUGUUGUUGUAAGGAUAAGUGUGGGACGUGUAGUGAUAAGUGUAGUUGUGUCAAGGAGAAGGACAUCUAUGGCCUCGGUUUAUAUGGACAUAAUGACAGCUAUACUUCGGCAUAUCCAAAUAACACACACAACCCACCAACAUGGAAAGAUCUGAAGGAAAGUGCUACCAAACGCCACCACUGUGCCCGUAUUUUCCUAGGGUCAGUAUGUCUCAUCUGGAGCGGCAUUACCUAUAUGUAUUGGACUGGUAAAUGGCACGGUACUAGUCCCCGGUGGAACAAUCACAUCCUGGACGGCAGAGGUCUAGAUGAUGGAAGUUUAUCCCAAUGGCUACAGGCCCUAGGGUUCCCUAGGGAAAUGCUGAAUGACGCUGGUCCUGGUAAUAGGUUGGAUGCUAUUAUAUGGGAUGGGUUAAGGGAUAAGUUAUAUUUGGGAUUCCUGGAGCCUAGUGGCCUUAAUACUAGUGAUGUCAAGGACGAAAAUGGCAAUACAGCGAGAAGUCCUUUCGGUAUGAAUUACGCUGGAUUUAUACAUACUGCACAUAGGGAUUCAUUCAAUAGUGAUGCUACUGUCUUCCCUAAUGGUACUAGCUCUAGUAGCGCUGGCCAAAUCAGUGACACUAACACCAACAAAUGUGGUGCCUUGUACAAGCUCUACAUUCUAUCGUGUGCCUAUUUUACUGGGCUUCAGCAGAAGGCUCCGCCGAAGGCGGACAAUAAAACUCCCCGUACCAUCCGUGAGAUCCUAUACUGGCUAAGUGCUCUGCCCUAUAGUCAGGCCUAUAAGGAUAUGCUGGACUAUGCCAAGAAAAGACUAAAAGAAGUGCUCAAGAAACCCGGAGACAAUGACUCUACCAAUGGAGAGACACAACUCAAGUUCUAUCAAACAGGUCUUAAACAUCCCAUUACCGUUGAUGAAUACAACCUGUUUGCCCACUUCCAGGCAGUGACUCAGUACUGCCCACUGGUGCUCAUAGGUAUCCAAGGUGGAAUACACAGUCCUAAAGGUACUACUACUGGCAUUCACUCCCUCUAUGCCAACACUGAGUGUGGAUUUACCUAUCCCACUGUGUCCAUCCAAGCAUACAACCAAGUGGUACACUACAUUAGGGCUCUGUUCUACCAACUCUAUUUCCUCAGGAAGCAGUGUGCCAUGAAAGUGGCUCUAGGAGGCAAAUGGCGUGAAUGUAGGUAUGGCAAUGGAGUGCUUGGGAAGGACGUGGUUAGCUGGAUGUGCCUGGGGUGUGACCCCAUGGAACAUGAUAGGAAAUGUAGGGUAAAGGAGAUGGGGAAGGGGUUGGAUGGGGUGAAAAAUGUGGAUGCAGGAGCUGUAUCAAGGGUCAUCAAAGAUUUGUUAGUGCCUUUGGGAAAUGUAGUGGUACAAUUGGGUAAUGCCCAGGAGGCAUUGGAAGGGAAGAAGAAGGAGGCGAUAGAGGGGGUGAAGACGGUACUAGGGAAGGCUAAGGGGGAACUAGAUAAGGCUAAGCAGGAACUAGAGCAGGUGAAUGGGAAGGACGGUCAGACGUCACAGGCAAUAAGUAAGGCUAAGAAGGCACUAGAGGCGCUGACGAAUGGUGGUAGUGGUGCACUACAUACACUAGUGAGUGAUGGACUAGAGAAGGCAGCAAAUGGGGAAGAGUGGAAGAAGGAUUACAGUAGUGCCAAGGACAAGAUAAGUGCUGCUAUCAAAGCAGUACGUGAUGCAUUGGAGGGAUUACUGCUAUUAAAGGAUGCAGGAGCCUCAGGGCUAAAGGAAAAUAAAGAAACACUGUUAGGAGCCAUUAAAGAUAUGCUAGACAUGGUAAGCAGUACUAGAUGUGUCCACUGUAAAGAUCACAAAGACAAGUGUGGCAAAACACCAAAACCCACUAUCUGUAAGACCUGCCAUCAACAAUACAACGAAGGCUUUCCCUCCCCUCUCCAGGCAUUCCUCGAGGAUAGGCUACCAGGUUUUAGUUGUCGUAGUACCAUGGACGAGCUGGACAAACAGGAGGUAGAGAAGGCUCAGAAUAAAGGAAAAGAUACAUCUCAUGCGUCGGCGCUAGAAUAUCCCUCUGCAGCAUCCCACUUAGGACACUGUAAUGGCUCUGGCCAAUGCUGCCCACUGCCAAUGGGUUUUAGAAAUAACUUCCAGGACGGUGUCACCAAUACUGGCCAACGCCUUUAUGGCAUGCUGUACUUCUUCAGUAACGAGAACAUGAUGCAGUCUUGUGUUUAUACACUGGUGAGAGUUACUGCAGCACUCAGUGCCACGACACCGCAGGUAUUGGGUGAUGUAUUCGGGUUCUUCAGGGGUGGUGUAGGAAAUCCAGUGAAGAAAGAGGGAGACUUAAGCAAGAACUGUGAUCACCAGAAUGACCCCAAAACGUCGACAGGCAAUGACAAGUACUUUUGUGGCUGGUGUGCCUCUGGGUUAAGGGAUGAGGUAAAGAAGAUAGAGUGGAUACCAAAGGGGUCGGACGCAGGAGGUCAAUACAUGGACAAAGUCGGUAAAGCACUAAGAGAUAUUAAGGGCAGUGACAGCACUGCUACUACCACUGCAUAUUCCAGCACUGCUACUGCCAAUACCUCCCUCUCACGACUCACUAAGAACUGCCAGUACCUCUCCCCCCUAACCGGUGAACUCUAUACAGCAGUGAGUGCCACCUUCGGUAACACAUACCUCUCAUGGGUGCUAUACCUAUCAGAUUCCCUAUACUGGGGAUUACAGUCACUGUCUGACGCAUUCCAACAGAUUGAAUGCCGUGGUUGUACAGGAUGUGACCCCAAUAAGUGCAAGAAGGGAGAACACGGAAGCAAUGGCGGUGGACAGUGUGGAUGCCAAUCAAUCGUAUCGUGUACCGGGGUAUUGCCGGUAUUGUAUAGGCAUGGCUUCAGCUACGGUAACCCAUUCAAUCUGGAGGGGUAUGAACAGAAGGAUGAGAAAAGUGGAGAUUAUAGCAUAGAGAACACGAAGAAUCCUAGGCAGUGUCACGAGUUCUUAAGCAGUCUUGGUGCAGUGAUCAAGAAGAAGGAAGCCACUCAGAAGGAUCAGGAACAGCACCCCCUCACCAACCUCCUCUCCGAGGUCGGCAAGCUCCAAUACGACAUACGGCUCCCGUGGAUAUUUGUGCUGACCUUGGCCUGGCUGGUAGCAGUACUCUACCUCGCCUUUGGCGCCAUAUGGCCACUGGACUGGACACAUAUGAGGUCUCAUUGGUUACGGGGUGGAGAACACCAGUGGCAAUGUAUGUGGUAUAAGGUGAUGACGGGACGCAAAGGAAUGGAACUGGUGGAGUAUUUUGGUAAGACAUAGUGGCGCCUUCGGCGCAACGGUGCUAAAUGA